GGCUUUUCUAUGCUACCUAGUCAUACUAGAUCUAGUCUACGUCGGAGCCGAUACAGAAUUUCAAUAUCCAGACAGCAAAACAAGAGCUCAAUCGCUAGUAAUUGAAAUCGACAUUUCGCCUAAGCGCCAGGGACGCCACAGCGUCGUCGUAGCUUGCAGCGCAAUGCCAGUCCUCGAUGCGCUCUGGCAGCGGCAAGCAGCAGCCAUCCUCAAGCGCACAACAGCGCGCACGCCACGACCUUCUAUCCACCGCUUCAAACCUCAAGCGAAAAUACGCAGUCAUAUACGUUUCCAAUCGACCAAUCCAAAACCCCCUUCCUCCUCCACCGCCCCAAACCCCUCACAACCAACAGCGCAGACGAACCGCAUAUCGCAAAUCCUGACACGCGCCUCCCGCUUCCUCCCAAAGCGUCUCCAGACAUCUCUGCACAACCUGCGCUCUGCGCCCCUCUCGCACGUCGGCGCCUUCCUCGUGCUUCACGAGAUAACCGCCAUCCUCCCCAUCUUUGGUCUCACGUACGCCUUCCACGCUCUGGACUGGGUGCCCACGAGCUGGGUGCUCGGGCCCUUUGCCGCAUGGGCCGAGGACGGAUUGAAGAAGUACGUGCCUUAUUUCCGGAGGAAGAAUUGGUUUGGGCUGGGAGGCGAGGAUAAGCACGGGAGUGCGGAUGGGGAGGAGGUGCUGGAGAGCGAGUUGAGGGAGGAGGUGGAGAGGGAAAAGGAGCGCGAAAGCCGCGAGGGGAAAGGGGGUUGGUUUGGGAGAUUCUCUAGGCGAGAAGAUGAAAAUACCCCGGUUGGCAAUUCUGCGUCUAGUGCUUCGAGCGAAAGAGUUACCAGCGGGGGAGAGAGCAAUACAGCGGCGGCCGUGUGGCGGAAGGUAAAGCACGCUGCUACGGUCGAUAAUACUGAAAAGGGCUACAAGAUUGGUAUUCAGAUUGCAGCCGCCUAUACCAUUACCAAAAUAUUGCUGGUGCCGCGCGUAGCGCUCAGCUUAUGGUUGACGCCUUGGCUUGCAAGAAGUCUUAUUGGACUACGACAAGCGAUACGAAGAAAACGAAGCUGAAUAGGAUAUAGGGACUUCACAUUGCAUUCUAUUGCGAACACCAUCUCACGCGGUUUUCUAAGAGUGGAUGAAGGGAUAUGAACUCCUCUUGUAUUUGUUUUGUUUUUGCCGUAUUCGCACGUUCUGUCGGGCUUAGACAAUGCCUAGUAGAGUUACUACAGCACUUGUUGCUCUCUGACGUAUGUGCGCAAAUUUUGCUGCUGAGAGCACUUAAGGCUUCUCGUAGAUCCAGCUAGCCUGGGCGCUCUUCCAGCUCUGGAGCUCGCCCUCCUUGAACCAGAGAGCAAUCUCCUUUUGGGCGCUCUCGACGCUGUCGGAGCCGUGGCAGACGUUACGUCCGACAUCGAUGGCGAAAUCACCACGGAUGGUGCCAGGAAGGGAGGCGAGGGGGUUGGUGGCACCAAGGAGGGCUAUUUGGAUGUUAGC